AUGGACAUGAUCCAGGAAGAGCGGUAUGAACCAGACUCGAGCAAGGAUGGUCCAGCUGUGAACAAUUUGCACACAAUCUCCGACACGGCGCCGACCGACGACAUGCCCGGCGACCGCGGAAGGAGUGGACAGAGACAUGCCCGGCCAAGAGGAGCGAUCACAUGGUCCAAAGUCACAACAGCAACAAACAUGGCUUCUUCAGACAUGGACUUUGUUGGCAGCAUUGACCAAGGCACGACCAGCACUCGUUUCCUCAUCUUCGACCGAAACGGCGAGCCAGUCGCGGUGCACCAAGAAGAGUUCUCUCAGAUCUACCCAAGCCCAGGACGACACGAGCACGACCCGGACGAGAUUAUCAAGUCCGUCGAGAACUGCAUCGCCGGUGCUGUCAAGAUCUUCGAGGACGCCGGCCACUCGAAAGACAGCAUCAAAUCGAUCGGCAUCACGAACCAACGCGAAACGACCGUGGUAUGGGAUUUCAGCACCGGAGAAGCUUUGCACAAUGCCAUCGUAUGGACCGACACUCGCACAGCGGCAUUGGCGAGAGAACUCAAAGGACGCUCGGGAAGUGACAAGCUGCAAGACAUCUGCGGUCUGCCCAUCUCGACCUACCCAUCCGUCACAAAACUCCUCUGGCUGUUGAAGAACGAUGACAAAGUCAAGAAAUGCUACGAUGCAGGAAAUCUGGCAUUCGGUACGAUCGACAGCUGGUUGGCAUACAAGCUGAACGGAGGAGCCGAGAAGAAAGUGUUCGUUUCGGACCCGACCAAUGCGAGCAGGACGAUGUUCAUGGAUAUUCACACGUUGAAGUACAGCGACACACUGCUCGACUUCUUCUCUUACGAGUUUGACAUGAGGAAGAUCCACCUGCCGGAGAUCGUUCGCUCCGCCGACAAGGAGGCAUAUGGAAAGCUGUCCUCUGGUCCUCUGAAAGGCUGGCCUAUUCAGGGUUGUUUGGGUGAUCAGUCCGCCGCCCUGGUCGGGCAGAAAGGCUUCGAGCCAGGUGCGGCAAAGAACACAUACGGUACUGGAUGUUUCCUGCUUUACAAUGUUGGUGACAAGCCGACCAUUUCCACGCAUGGUCUGCUCGCGACCGUAGCAUACGAUUUCGGCAAGCCAGUGUAUGCUCUCGAAGGCAGUAUCGCAGUGGCGGGAUCAGGAGUCAAGUUCUUGAUGAACAACCUUGGAUUCAGCCAUUCUUCCUCGAAAAUCACGGAGCUGGCAGAGACAGUCAAGGACAACGGCGGCUUGGUCUUCGUCACAGCAUUCAGCGGUCUCUUCGCACCCUACUGGAUUGACGACGCUCACGGCACAAUGUUCGGCAUAACCCACCACACCGAACGCGGCCACAUCGCCCGCGCCACCCUCGAAGCCGUCUGCUUCCAAACCAAAGCCAUCCUCGACGCCAUGGAGAAAGAUUCCGGCCACAAACUCUCCGAACUCAAAGUCGAUGGCGGCAUGUCCAACUCGGAACUCUGCAUGCAAACCCAGGCGGACCUGGUGCGCAUCCCGAUCGUGCGGCCAAAGAUGCGCGAGACGACCGCGCUAGGAGCGGCGAUUGCGGCGGGCUUUGCGGCGGGCGUGUGGAAGGACUUUGAGGAGUUGAAGGAGGUGAAUACCAAGGGCGAGACGACGUUCGAGCCGAAGAUGGGAGAUAAGGAGGCGGGACGAAUGACGAGGAAGUGGGAGAAGGCGGUGGAGAUGUGUAGGGGUUGGUUGGAGGAAGAGGAGGCGGAGGCGAAGGAGGAGAUUGAGGAAGCGGAGAAGGAGAGGGGGAAGGAGAAGUUGUAG